GGAAGGUGCUGUGCCGCCGCGGCACGCCUCAGCAGCGGUGACGGUCGGGACAGGCGCUCAGCCGUCGUGACGCCGCGCUCCGGGGACUGUUUCCUCACCCUGGACUGGGGACAGGACACGCGCGACAGAAACAGACGGCGGAGCUCACCUGUCCUUGUAAAGAACCUCCUCUUAGGAGCGCUCACGGGGAAGCAAAAGCAUUCCAGCCAUUCACCGGUUUCAGAUGAUACGUGAGGAUUCAUACACAUCUGUACGUUAAAACAUACGCACAUAUAUAUAAACACAUGAAUAUAUAAUUAUAUUUAACUUACAUUUAUGACACAAUACGUAUUUUAGAUAUAUAUUUAAACACACAUGCAUAUAAGGCAUAUUGUGGAUUUGAUUUGAAAGCAAGGAACUUUUAGCCCCCCCUAGAAGCAUCAAGCAUCUCUUCUUUAAUAUCUCAGGAGCUCAGGGAGAAGGUGGAGGCAGCUGUGGGAAGGCUGCAAAGCCUUCAGCAGUUUCCAGCUCCAGCGUUCGAGCUGGUUUCGAUUUCAAAUCGGUAUUGGGUGCUUUCUGUCUUCAGGCUUUUCUGCUUAGCCGUUAGGGCAAGCAACCCCUUCGUACGCGAUUUUUGUGAACGACCGUUCUUAUCCCCGCAUAACCCUUGGGCUCCACAAGCUGCGGCUGUAAGAUGAAUGCCAAGAAAGCUACAGCAAGUCUGAGGAAUUAGCUUCCUUUCCUGUGCAAGGAGCGGGUCAGAAACCCCUCCCGUAACACAGCAGACACGUGGCGGGUUUUUGAGAGCCGGAGUUCGGCUCGGCCAACAAGCCCCACUGGGGCUAUCCAUCAGAGGGAUUUUAGCGCAGCCCCUCCUGGGCUGAACUCAGUAAUUUAGGAACUACUGCCCCCACGCAGGCUGCGUGCUGCUCAGGAGAAAACCUGCAGCAGGAAGGGUGGGAACAUCUUUGCCCCAGAAGAGCCUCGUGGUUAGGAUGUGGCUUUGAAUCCUCUCGAGGGAAGGAAAGCAAAAGUGGGUCUCGCAUCCCGGGAGCAUGCCGUGGCCACCACGCCACUGCCUUCCCAGGAGGACGUAACCACCAGGAGCUCCCAAACGCGAAGGAGAUGAACAGUUGGACCUUUAUUUCGACGUCUGCUGAGUGAAGUCGGGCGUACGCAGCGCAGGGCUGAGUCACCAGGGCUGGGUGGUACGGGCAGGAGAGCUAAGAGGGAUGGCACCAGGGCAGUUCAAGGCUAAAUCCUACAGAGUUUGGAUUCCAGGAGGAUCAGGAGACAGCUGUCCCCUAUGCAGGAGUUUCAAGGAACACGAUUUUGGACUUAGGUGCCAAAACUUUUCUGCUUAGGAUCCAAAAGCUCUCUCUGAGGGCACGCGCCCAGCUGCCUCAGUCCUGAUCUCAGUGCUAGGUAGCUGCUAGGCUGCCUCUGUGAGCAGCUGUCAACCUCCCGACAAAGAAGAAAGCAUGCAUCUCAUUUCCUGAUGCCACCUGCUGAAGUUCCUACCUCUGCGCUGCCACCACCGCAAGCCCUCAGCAGCCCCGAUCGUGAACAGUUACAUCCUGGGGAAACAGAAAGCUUGAGCUCCCAAAAUGGUCCGCUACUCGCUGGAUCCGGAGAACCCCACGAAAUCAUGCAAGUCCAGGGGCUCCAACCUGCGAGUGCACUUCAAGAACACCCGUGAGACUGCCCAGGCCAUCAAGGGCAUGCACAUCCGCAAGGCCACCAAGUACCUGAAGGACGUGACCCUGAAGAAGCAGUGCGUGCCCUUCCGUCGCUACAACGGAGGAGUUGGUAGAUGUGCCCAGGCCAAGCAGUGGGGCUGGACACAGGGACGCUGGCCCAAGAAAAGCGCGGAGUUCCUGCUGCACAUGCUCAAAAACGCAGAGAGCAAUGCUGAGCUCAAGGGACUCGAUGUGGAUUCCCUGGUGAUCGAGCACAUCCAGGUGAACAAGGCUCCCAAAAUGCGCCGGCGCACCUACAGAGCUCACGGGAGGAUCAACCCCUACAUGAGCUCCCCCUGCCACAUCGAGAUGAUCCUCACCGAGAAGGAGCAGAUCGUCCCCAAGCCGGAAGAAGAGGUGGCUCAGAAGAAAAAGGUCUCGCAGAAGAAGCUGAAGAAGCAGAAGCUGAUGGCCCGGGAGUAGCCCUCCCCCCCCCCAAUAAAGCUCUGUUCGCACCCCC